CCUCUUCCCUCCUUUCCUUCCUCCGGCCUCUCCGUGUUGGUCUCUGAAGCGGCAGAGCUUGUUUUCGCUUCCUAAUGGCCCCACCUCGCCUGGAGUUUCUGCUCCUCCUGGCUUGCUGCUUCUCCUCCUCCAGCACGCAGCUCCUGGACUGGGUUUGGGGCAGCGUGAAGACCACGGGAAGCCCAGCAGCACCGGGAGAGGGAACCGUGGCGCUGGAGCCGCUCGCCUCCACAGCAGCUCCCAGCCCAGCCCCGGGGACGUGGGGUGGCCAAGUGAUGGGAGACGUCACCCCCCCAGAGCACCAGGGGCCAGAUCCCGGCUCAGCAGCACCUGUGGCUGAGGGGAUGGCAGCUGAAAACGCUGAGCAGGGGGACAGCAGUGCCACAGGGCCGGGGGAGAGCAGGGCACGGCCGAGCGUCGCUCCUCCCCGCAGCACGUCACCUGCCCCUGGCCAGGAGGACACCAGCAGCCCUGCCGAGGACCCGCAGCUCCUGGGGACAGCGGCCACCAAAAACCCACAGCUCCUGGGGAUGGUGACCAGCAAGGACCCGCAGCUCCUGGAGACACGGGUCACCAAAAACCCACAGUUCCCGGGGACAGGUACCACUGAGGAGCAGCAGCUCCUAGGGACAGAGACCACUGAGGACCCGCAGCUCUCUGGGACAGAGACCACUGAGGACCCACAGCUCUCUGGGACAGAGACCACUGAGGACCCACAGCUUCUGGGGACAGGGACUGCCAAAAACCCACAGCUCCUGGGGACAGGUACCACCGAGGACCAGCAGCUCCCAGGGACAGGGACCACCAAAAACCCACAGCUCCUGGGGACAGGUACCACUGAGGACCAGCAGCUCCCAGGGACAGGGACCACCGAAAACCCGCAGCUCCCGGGGACAGGUACCACCAAGGACCAGCAGCUCCUAGAGACAGCGACCACUGAGGACCUGCAGCUCCUGAGGAUGGUGACCACUGAGGACCCACAGCUCCUGGAGGCAAGGACCUCUGAGGACCCACAGCUCUCUGGGACAGUGACCACUGAGGACCCACAGCUCCUGGGGACAGAGACCCCCGCAGCAACAUGGGUGUCCUUGCAGAGACCAGCAGGUCCCCGGCCAGAGAACCUGAGCACUGAGGUCAGCCUCCUGGAGCUGAUCGGAGACCCCCCACCAGAGGAGAUCCUCAAGAUUUAUGGCCCUGACAACAACCCCGGCUACGUCUUCGGCCCCAACGCCAACACGGGACAGGUGGCCCGGUACCACCUGCCAAGCCCUUUCUACCGGGACUUCUCCCUCCUGUUCCACAUCCAACCCACCACCCCCCGGGCUGGUGUCCUCUUUGCUGUCACGGACUCCUCUCAGAGCAUCAUCUACGUGGGGGUCAAGCUCUCGGAGCUACGGGCGGGCAAGCAGCAAAUCAUCUUCUACUACACAGAGCCAGGCUCCUCGAGCUCAUAUGCAGCAGCCACCUUCACUGUGCCCACCUUGCUCAACCAGUGGACACGCUUUGCCAUCAGCGUGGAGGAGGAGGAAGUCAUCCUCUACCUGGACUGUGAGGAGCACGAGCGAGUCCGCUUCGAGCGCUCCCCGGACGAGAUGGAGCUGGAACAGGGCUCCGGGCUCUUUGUUGCUCAAGCUGGAGGGGCUGACCCAGAUAAAUAUCAGGGGGUGAUUGCCGACCUGAAGCUGCGAGGGGACCCGCGGGCAGCCGAGCGCCAGUGCGAGGAGGAGGAGGAUGACACGGAGGAGGUCUCGGGCGAUUUUGGCAGCGGGGCAGAAGGCGGACACCAACCCUCGGGGAAGGACAGGGGCGUCCCGGGGCUGGUGGAUGCUGUCCCUGUCACCUCUCCCCCCGUGGCCGUAGGGGGUGGGCCGAGGAGCAGCGGGGGCUCCCCGCAGCAAGCCGAGAGGACCAGAGCAGAGGAGACACUGCGGGUCUCCACAGGAGGCACCGGCUCCAAAGGGGAAAAGGGGGAGAAGGGUGAGCCCGGCCUGAAAGGGGACUCGGGGACCGGCAGCGCGGCGGGAACGGGCAGUGUCAAGGGGGAAAAGGGGGAGAAAGGAGAACUGGGUGUUAAGGGCAGUGCUGGCUUUGGCUACCCUGGCUCCAAGGGCCAAAAAGGAGAGCCAGGAGACCCUGGCCCCCCCGGGACCCUCGUGCGGCACGCUGAUGGCUCGGUGGUGGAGCAGGUCACUGGUCCCCCAGGGCCACCGGGGAAGGACGGAGCCCCCGGCAGGGACGGCGAGCCCGGCGAUCCCGGCGAGGACGGCAAACCCGGUGAAAUGGGGCCUCAGGGAUUCCCUGGGACACCGGGGGAGCCUGGUCUGAAGGGAGAGAAGGGUGACCCAGGCGUGGGGCCCAGGGGACCCCCUGGACCACCUGGUCCCCCAGGACUGCCAGGACCCUCAUCCAAGCAUGACAAACUGACCUUCAUCGACAUGGAGGGCUCUGGCUUUGACGGUGACCUGGAGGGCCUGCGGGGUCCACGGGGGCCACCUGGUCCUCCAGGGCCACCCGGCGUGCCUGGUUUGCCAGGGGAACCGGGAAGGUUUGGGAUGAACCAAACAGACCUGCUGGGACUGCCAGGGCUGCCAGGCAGGGAUGGGAUCCCCGGGCCCCCGGGGCCAGUGGGUCCUCAGGGUCCUCCUGGAAGAGAUGGGGCACCUGGGCAGCCAGGGCCCAAAGGAGAGCGGGGUGAUGUGGGUGACCUCGGCCUCCCUGGUGCACCAGGACCCAAGGGCAGCAAAGGAGAAGCAGGACCAGCAGGACCCCCAGGAGAAACAGGGUUAGCUGGCCUUCCCGGGCCCAUGGGACCCCGAGGGCCACCAGGGCCACCUGGGCCCCCAGGACCACGAGGGCCAGGCUACGAGGCUGGAUUUGGUGACAUGGAGGGCUCGGGGCUGCCGUUCACUGCCAACUCCCCCGGACCUGAAGGACCACAGGGGGUGCCAGGACUGCCAGGGGUGAAGGGGGAGGUUGGCAGCCCCGGGCAGCCUGGUUUGCCAGGACUGAAGGGAGAUGCUGGUGUGCCUGGUGUGGACGGCCGCCCUGGCCUGGAGGGCUUCCCAGGACCACAGGGACCCAAAGGUGACAGAGGCAGCCCUGGUGAGAAGGGAGAGCGAGGCCAAGAUGGUGUGGGGUUGCCUGGCCCCCCUGGUCCACCUGGUCCCCCUGGACAGGUCGUUGCUGUCUCGAGUGAAGAUAAGUCUUUGGUGGCUUUGCCUGGUCCGGAGGGCAGACUGGGUCAUGCUGCCUUGCUGGGCCCGGUGGGACCGAAAGGAGACCGGGGGUCAUCUGGUCCCCCAGGCUCCCCAGGGUUGAAGGGAGAGAAGGGGGAGCCCGGCGUCAUCAUCAGCCCCGAUGGGACCAUGGUCACUGCCAAGGUGAAAGGAGAAAAGGGUGAGCCGGGGCUGCGGGGACCGACGGGACCCAUGGGUCCCCAGGGACGAGCAGGGAUGAAGGGAGAGAUCGGCUUUCCGGGCAGACCCGGACGUCCCGGCAUGAACGGGCUGAAGGGUGAGAAGGGUGACCCUGCUGAUGUCAGCAGUGUGCUGGGCUUGCAGGGUCCCCCAGGACCACCAGGUCCCCCGGGCCCUCCCGGGCCACCUGGCAGCAUAGUCUAUGACAACAGGAACGCCUUCGGUGACUCUGGCCAUCCCGCGCUGCCUGCCUUCCCCGGUUUUCCUCAGUUUCCAGGACAAAAGGGAGAGAAAGGUGAUGCUGGAGCCCCAGGCCCCCCAGGCCACUUCCCCUACGACCCCAGUCACUUUGGUGCCAGCCUGCGGGGUGACAAGGGGGAUACAGGUCCCAAGGGUGAGAAGGGCGAGCCAGGCAGCACCCCGCUCUAUGGUCCCAGCGUCCCUGGGCUGCCAGGACCUCCCGGGCCACAGGGCUACCCUGGACCGCCGGGUUCCAAGGGGGACAGUAUUGCUGGGCCACCAGGGCCUCCUGGACCACAGGGCCCCCCUGGUAUUGGAUACGAGGGGCGGCAGGGCCCCCCCGGCCCUCCUGGCCCCCCUGGGCCACCCUCCUUCCCAGGUCCCCACAGACCAGCUCUCAGCGUCCCUGGCCCCCCUGGACCACCAGGACCACCCGGUCCGCCAGGCACUAGCGGGACAUCUCUGGGGCUGCGUGCCCUGCCGAGCUACCAGGCCAUGCUGAGCGCCGCGCACGAGCUGCCCGAGGGCGGCCUCAUCUUCCUCGCCGACCGGCAGGAGCUCUACGUCCGCCUGCGCGGGGGCUUCCGCCGGGUGCUGCUGGAGGAGCACACCCUGAUCCCCAGCUCAGCUCUGGACAACGAGGUGUACGACAAGCCCCCCAGCGUGCACUACGCCGGCCCUCAGCCCCGCGGACCCCUGCACCCUCUCCGCAACCACAGCCCCCCGCCCACUGCCCGACCCUGGCGUGGGGACGAGGUGGUGGCCAACCAGCACCGCCUGCCCGAGCAGCCCCUGCUCCACCACCAGCACGAGCUCCUCAACAGCUACUACGUCCAUCGCCGGCCGGAUCCAGCCCCCGUGGCCGCCCACGUCCACCAGGACUUCCAGCCCGCCCUCCACCUGGUGGCCUUGAACGCCCCGCUGAGCGGUGGCAUGCGCGGCAUCCGGGGGGCUGAUUUCCAGUGCUUCCAGCAAGCCCGGCAGGUCGGGCUGGCCGGCACCUUCCGCGCCUUCCUCUCCUCCCGCCUCCAGGAUCUCUACAGCAUCGUCCGCAGGGCCGACCGGGCUGCUGUGCCCAUCGUCAACCUCCGGGAUGAAGUGCUCUUCAGUAACUGGGAAGCCCUUUUCACGGGCAGCGGGGCCCCACUGCGCGCCGGUGCCCGCGUCCUCUCCUUCGACGGCCGGGAUGUCCUGCGGGACGCGGGCUGGCCGCAGAAGAGCAUCUGGCACGGCUCGGAUGCCAAGGGCCGGCGCUUGCCCGAGAGCUACUGUGAGACGUGGCGGACGGAGGAUCGAGCUGUGACCGGGCAGGCGUCCUCACUGGGCUCUGGGAAGCUGCUGGAGCAGGUGGCCAGCAGCUGCCAGCACACCUUCAUCGUCCUCUGCAUCGAGAACAGCUUCAUGACUGCCGCCAAAAAGUGACGCCCACCCCAUCCCUGUCCCCUCUGCCUUCCUGGGGAGGGUCGGGCCAGCCUGCACCCCCGGCACUUCCAUGGUCCUCAGCCCCUCCAUCACCUGCCCUUGCCCCCUCGCAGGGUUUUCUUCUCCUCCUGAAGACCUGAAGCCAAAGAGUAUCGCCAUGGCCCCUGCUCUGGGGGGCAGGGGCUCGCAUCCCAGCCGGGUCAGGACAGUCAGGGGCUGGCUGCCUUCCUCCUCCUCCUCCCCUUGCUCCAUUUCUCUUCUAACCCCUCGUAUUUAACCACUUCACUGCUCAGAUGCUCUUUCAGGGUGGCUGGGCGGGAGGGUGCUCCGCAGGGCGAUUUCAGCACUGGUGUGCCCUCCUGGAAAGCAGGAGGAGGGCGGUUCUGUCACCUCCCCCAGCCCCACACUUUCCUCCUCAUCAGGAGCUUGGGGCUGGAUCCAAAUCCCUGCUGCUGGGGCCACGGGGUCUUCACCAGCUGAAACCCCAGUAACCUAAGGGAUCGUCCCAUGGCGGCGCCGGGGACGGCACCUCCAUCCUCCCCAGGUAAGGUCCAUGCUACCUGGUCUCAUCAUCAUCCUCACCUCCACACCCCCCCACCCAACCAGCAGCUCAAGAGCUUGGGGCAGGGGGGUCUGGACCCCCCCAUCCCCUCUGCACACCUUCAAACCCUCCUUCCAUGCCCCCCCACCGCCCCAACCCUGGUCAGUGUGGGGACCAGGGCCAUGGGGUGUCCUUGGCAUGUGUUUACGAGCACGUGUGGUACCAAGUGCAGGCAACCACCAUCAUCCCCCCCCUCUCCAGGCCACUGUUGCUGUGCCCUCAGGGCCAAGGCACAGCAAAGCUGGUUUGAAUUGGUGUGGGCAAACCCAAGGUGCUAAAAAAACAACAACAACAAACAAAACCCCACAACAGAAAAAAAAAGAAAUCUG